AUGGCAAUAUCAUCAUAUGAUCAAUUCUUCAUCUUCUUCCUCUUAUUUGUUUCUGCUGUUACAACCGCAAUAGCUAAAUCUGAUGAUUGCGUAUAUACUCUAUAUGUGAAAACCGGGUCCAUUCUAAAAGGGGGAACCGAUUCAAAAAUCAGCGUUACUCUCUACGACAAAAAGGAAAGUAGGAUUCAAAUAAACAAUAUCAAGAAAUGGGGCGGGUUAAUGGGUACACAUUUCAAUUACUUCGAAAGAAGCAAUCUUGACAUAUUUAGUGGAAGAGGUAAUUGUCUUGAGAAUCCUAUCUGUGCCAUGAACUUAACAUCUGACGGGUCGGGUCAUCACCAUGGAUGGUAUUCAAAAUAUGUUCAUGUAACCUCUACCGGGCCACACAAGGGCUGCGAGCAGCAGUUAUUCACGGUGGAGCAAUGGUUGUCGAAGGAUACUCCUCCUUACGAGCUCUCCACGUUACGAAACUCUUGUGAAUCUGAUGAUAGGGUUCGGGUAAACGAGGGUAAAGAUGUAAUUUCUUCGGCAAUGUAA